AUGAGUGAAGCACUAGAAGAAGAAUAUUCGGAUUAUGAGAAAAUGCAAAGAAGUAUUAAAUUAGAUAUAACAGUUAAUUAUUGGCUUAAGCAACUUGAAUAUGCUAAAAAAUGGGUAAUAAUUGAAAAGU